CCGAACUAUCGAUAACAUUUCGAUAGUAUCGAUAUUUAUCGAUGACAUUAUCGAUAGUGGCAACUCUAUUGUCAGUGUCGUCAAUGAAUCAAAUAGCAGGUGGAAGGCAAAACGGGUUGUGAAUCAUUCGAAUGGAUAAAUAAAAAAUUUUAAGAGUUUUUUCCGUAUAAGUUGUGAUUUUGAACUGCCUAUUUGUUAUCAAGUAACUGUCGUACAUAUUUUAUGUCCUCCCGGUGAAUGCGAGAACAGUUUCGUGCGGGUUUCUCCUAGAGAUCGAUAAGUUCGGGUCAAACGUCGAACCUUGCGCGCAGGUUUGUCUGUAGUGUGUAUUAUUUCUCCCGUCGAGGAUCUCCGACGUCAAAAGAUGUCUACGUCGGUGACAGCGAAACUUCAAGAUGACAUGAACAGUAUACCAUUGGCAGAUGAUGAUCCUCAAGUGAUUAUUCCUGAAGAAGAAGUUUUGGAUAAUAGUUGUCACAUAUCUGAUGCGUUAGGCAGAGGACGGAGCAUGGAUUCCAUUCCUUCUACAUUCACAAAUGGCAGCUGUAGCCCUAACAGUUUAGAUCCUGACAUCAGUCCUGAUGAACAAGAAGAGAAAGCAAGAUUAAUUGCUCAAGUGCUUGAACUUCAAAAUACAUUGGAUGAUCUAUCACAGAGAGUGGACAGCGUAAAGGAGGAGAAUCUAAAACUGAGAAGCGAAAAUCAAGUGUUGAGCCAAUACAUUGAAAACCUGAUGUCAGCAUCCAGUGUUUUUCAAUCUGCGAGCCCCAAUACCAAAAAAAAGUGAAUUCGUAUUGUUGAAGUAGAUAAAAAAAAAAUGUUCGAGAAACAGGGAUCUUAAACUAAUGUGAUCUUUAAUCUUCCAUGAAAAGUAUGUAUGCAUAUUUGCAAUCGUAACUGCCUUAUUUAAGUCGAGAAAUAUAAAAUUAUUGUUAAUACAAGAAUUUCCAAGAUAUCGUUCGAUAUAUCGCGUUUAUUUCAUAUUCACAUGUUCUAUCGAUGCAUACAUACUUUUCAUGGGAACGAAGUUUAUCAAUGAAAAUUUUUUUCAAACGUUCGUUUGAAUUUAUCAUUCGAAUUUCUGCAUCGCGAUUUUCAUCGUUUUCUUCAAUCACUGCAUACGCUUUUUGCUUGCAGAAUAACGCGCUUAAUAAUUAUUACUUAUUGAUUAUCACCAAAGAAUUCCAUUUUGCAUUUGUGUAAAAGCAUUUCACGUAACCAUGACAUUUCGUUUAUAAAAAAAAAUAAAAAUAUUACUUGUUAAUACGUGUGAUUGAAUAUUGUAAUUGACUAUUAUUUUUUUCUAGCAUUAUUUGUUGGUACGUCCUAUUUUUUUUCUUACAAAAAAUUAUAUUUUUUACGUUAACCGUUGGCGUUGUAUUUGAUAUUUACGAAUAAGAAGCGAGGGUAAUAAAUGUUUGUAGUUACCUACCGUAUUUAAUCAAACACCAGCGUUUUUUAAUUGAAGCUUUCGCUUAAGGGUUUCGAUAUAUGCAAUGUAUGUAGGUGUACAAAAGAGAUAAGAAAUAGUUAUAUAUAUAUAUAUAUAUAUACAAUUAUCUACAAAUAUAAAUAUAUGAUUAUAAUAUACGAUAUAAAAUUGGCGUUCAUACGAAUGCUGCGAGCACAGUGUGAUUUUUCAAGCAUUUCUCGUAACGACUGAUUUAAAAACUCGAUCGACACUCUGCCUGCAGCAUAAUCGAUUAACGAUUAAUAUGAUUAAAAAAAUAAGAAAGAAGAGAGAGAAAAAAGAAAGAAAUAUGUACUGCAAUAUAAAACUGCAACUUGCGAGAAAGUUUCAGUUGAUGGGCACAAGCAGAAUGCACAAUCUCAAAUUAUUCCAUUGUUGAGUAACACAGUGUUAUAAUAAACAUUAUAUUCUAUUGGAAGGAAAA